AUGGGUGGAGCUCGAGUUGGGGGAGGUGGGAUUUCAGAGAAUCCUCUGGACGGAGUGACGUUUGUUAUUCAGUUUGAUGACGUCACAGCUAUGGUGGCGCUGUGUCUGACGCACUGGUCAGUGAACAAUUUCCUGAUGACUGGUCCAAAGGCUUACCUGAUCUACUCCAGCAGCGUGGCAGCUGGUGCCCAGAGUGGUAUUGAAGAAUGCAAAUACCAGUUUGCCUGGGACCGCUGGAACUGCCCCGAGAGAGCCCUGCAGCUGUCCAGCCAUGGCGGCCUUCGCAGUGCUAAUCGGGAGACAGCAUUUGUACAUGCCAUCAGUUCUGCUGGGGUCAUGUACACUCUGACUAGAAACUGCAGCCUUGGGGAUUUUGACAACUGUGGCUGUGAUGACUCCCGCAAUGGACAACUGGGAGGUCAAGGCUGGCUGUGGGGAGGCUGCAGUGACAACGUGGGCUUCGGAGAGGCAAUAUCCAAGCAGUUCGUCGACGCCUUGGAGACAGGACAGGAUGCCCGGGCUGCCAUGAACCUGCACAACAACGAGGCCGGCCGCAAGGCGGUGAAGGGCACCAUGAAACGCACGUGUAAGUGCCACGGCGUGUCUGGCAGCUGCACCACGCAGACUUGCUGGCUGCAGCUCCCCGAGUUCCGUGAGGUGGGUGCGCACCUGAAGGAAAAGUAUCACGCAGCUCUCAAGGUGGACCUGCUGCAAGGUGCUGGCAACAGCGCGGCGGGCCGUGGUGCCAUCGCCGACACUUUCCGUUCCAUCUCCACUCGGGAGCUGGUGCACUUGGAGGACUCCCCAGACUACUGCCUGGAGAACAAAACACUAGGACUGCUGGGCACCGAAGGCCGAGAGUGCUUGCGACGCGGGCGGGCCCUGGGCCGCUGGGAGCGCCGCAGCUGCCGCCGGCUCUGCGGGGACUGUGGGCUGGCAGUAGAGGAGCGCCGCGCGGAGACCGUGUCCAGCUGCAACUGCAAGUUCCACUGGUGCUGCGCUGUCCGCUGCGAGCAGUGCCGCCGGCGAGUCACCAAGUACUUCUGUAGUCGCGCCGAGCGGCCGCGUGGGGGCGCGGCGCACAAACCCGCGAGAAAACCCUAA